GGUUUUUCUAUACACUACCUCAUUGAAAAGUAUCGCACUUGCACUCGGGAGAAACGGUCUAGUGUACAAAAUAAUCAAGAAUGGCCGCGUUGUGUAGACAAAUUCUCCGCGGAAAUGCAUUUAGGGGUGUUAUUAUGUCCUCCGCCCGCAGGGGAUACGCCGACAAAAUGAUGCCGGACCCCAUCGAGCACGCGACAGGCUUGGAGCGAAAGGAGCUGCUGGCUCUGCAGUCUGGAGAUGAUGAUCCCUUCAACAUGAAGGUGCUGAAGAAGGCUGCCGGCACCCGCGACAACCCCACACUCGUCCCCUCGUGCUUCGACGCUCGUAUUGUUGGAUGCAUAUGCGAGGAACACGCUACCGCCGUCACCUGGCUUUGGGUACACAAGGGCCACCCCCGCCGCUGCGAAUGCGGCCACUGGUACAAACUGAUCGAAAAAACACCCCUUUAAACAAUUUUUAGUUAUACGUAGUGAUUAUAAUAACUGCAAUAAAUCGCAUCUCAAACAUCGCGCACAGCCUUCCGUUGUCUAUGGUUCCUGGUGUUGCUAUACGCCAAAAUGAUUGAAAAGAUGCGCUAGUUUCCAAUUACGAUCGAGAAAUCAACAUUAAAGUAAUUGUAAGCAUA